UUAUUUGACUGUGUAAAAUGGUGGAUAGGAGACAGUGAGACAGCUGCAGCAGACACAACACAGCUACCAAUAUCUUUAUCUAGAGGUAACGCUUACUCAUUUAGGGUGGGUGAAGAUUCGGAGUGAUGGCUGAUGCAGCAACAAUAAAGAAACACGCAGCUACUGUCCUGUGCUGUGUGGAAAAGGUCUCCUCCUUUGCCUCCUCCAUUGACCCUCUCUUUGGGAUAGUCUCAUCUCUGGUUGGAAUCGCUCGUAAAGGCCUUGUGGACGAAGAGGGCCACCCGCUAGAUGGCGACUUCCAGGAGAUCAACUCAAAACUGGAAUCCAUUUCCAAGAAGAACCACAAAUGUCUGAGACAAAUACAAAUCGAUGAGAUAAACGAGAACUACGGCAAGUACGAGGAGUACAUUAAACAUCAAUAUGCAGCUUUUAACACAAUGGUUGCUAAGCUGAAGAAGGAUCCGGACAGGACGAAGAUUCACAUGGAAACCUAUGAAAAAAUCUAUGAAAGAGACAAGAGUGACUUAAGCCUCAAUGUCUAUUACAAUGGAGUCAUGGGAACGGGAUCUUUGUUUGGAAGAAACCUGCUUAAAGUUUAUAUGGAGCAUUGCGAUGGCGAUUUGGAGAUAAUGGAGCAUAGAUGUUCACACCUCACGCAUCUCUUUCACAUGGGGCUAAUCGCGUUGAUGGCGUACACCGCUGUUACCGAGGAUGACGAGGAUGAGGUGAGGGAGAAGUGGGCCAAGAGGGUGGCUGACAUCCAGGGCGAAAUGCAGAAGGUGCUGAGUCAAUGCAAAGAUAAGCAAGCUCCCGCCUCGUGAAUGUAAUUACCCUCCUAUAGAGAUGAAGGAGUAGUAACCAAAGUCAACUGUCAACAGGAAAGACAUGUAAACUAUAACAGGAUGCUGUACAAAGAAGCCAUUGUUUUAUUGUUUUUCAUUUAAGAACUGCAUUUAAAACUAUAUCUAUAAUAUUGUAUUUUUGUGCACUGUGUAACUUUUCUGGAUCCUAGUACAGGUUUUUUUCCGUCUUAUCUUUUCCCACCAAGCCCCUUUACAGGACCAAAUUCCUAGUUUAAUGCCAUACCAUGGUCCAUUCCAGGGAAAGCAAUCUCCCCAUCAUAACCUACCAGGUGCUGGACUCUUUCCAAAAAGUUACACAGUGCCCCGUUAAGACAUGUUGUGUGUGAAUACUAUCAUGCUGAGAGUUUGAUGCUUAUUUUAAGUUGUACUAUGCAAUCAAAUAAAGUGGAAUCUUGUGAA